AUGAACCCUUUCUGGAGCAUGUCUACAAGUUCUGUGCGCAAGAGACCUGACGCUGAAGAGAAAACUUUGAGUGGAGAGCUGAGAACCAGUCCUCUACGAACCUCUACAAAGAAACAGUUGCCUUCUAUUCCAAAGAAUGCUGUGCCAAUAACCAAGCCUGCUUCACCUGCCACGUCAUCCCAGUCGACAAAUGGAACACAUGCUUCCUAUGGGCCUUUUUAUUUGGAGUAUUCCCUCCUUGCAGAAUUUACCUUGGUUGUAAAGCAGAAAUUGCCAGGUGUCUACGUGCAGCCAUCUUACCGAUCAGCAUUAA